AUGCCGGGGAACGGGGAGAGCCCCAGCAACGACGACAACCGUCGGCUUGUCGAUGAAUCCCCAGACCUCUUGGACACUUCUCCCCCAACAACUUUCGGCAGUGUCUUCCAACACCACUCUCCGCCGCGUCCAAGGCCUGGUUACUAUUCGCGGACAUCCGGGCUCUCGUUAGUCCCAAGCAUCGAAGAGGAAAAUGAAAGACACUACACGGCUAAGGAUGACACGGACGAAGACAUUGCAGAUACAUUUGACCGGAGGUCGUCCGCCAGCCAUGGGCUAGGCAUCGCUGGGACAUCGCCUCCCACAUCGAAGCAGCGUCGUGUAUCUGUCCAAAGCAUACCACGGGUAGCUGUUGGAACCAAGAGCCCCCCAGGCCCGAAAACGCCAGGCUCCGCAGAUCCUCUCAUCUCGCAAACAGACGAGCUUAGCCGCUUCACUAGUUUCUCCGGCGCGACGCGAUACGAAGGUGCAGGCGGAGAUAUAGGAGAUCAUCCCCGCGAGCAUGGCUACUCUCAUUCACGCAACCGGUCUAUCGACAGCUUGAACUCGCCAUAUCAGCAGUACACUGAGAAUCCCGACACACAACGUUUGAAGCCAGGCGCGGCUGCCAGCGUUCGUACCACACGCUCAGCCUACGAGAGUGACUUCAGGCCUCAUGCCUGCCCCUCCCACGGUCCUUUGUAUCUUGGUCGCUCAAACUGGCUCGCGCUGUCGAUCAUGGUUCUGGCUGUCUAUUCCACUGUGUUCUCUGGUAUAUACCUCGCCGUAGCCCUCAAAAGACCUAGGUAUGGCAAGAUAAUUGGCGAUGGCGGCUCGAUGUCCCUUUCCACCGCCUCUACGCUUACGGCCCUUUUCGCGAAGACGAUCGAGCUCUCCUUCGUCACAGUCUUCGUCGCCUUCCUCGGUCAAGUGGUAAGCAGAAGGGCGUUGAUGAAAAGCAGUUCUAAAGGCGUCACACUAGCGGAAAUGAGUAUGAGGGGCUGGAUAAUGCAGCCUGGAACGAUGAUUACCCAUUGGGAGAGCGUCAGAUAUGCAGCGCUUAGUAUUCUGGGUGUGGUGAGCUUACUUGCCGCGAUCAUCGCCAUGCUUUAUACCACUGCCUCGGACGCGCUUGUGUCGCCUCAGCUUCAAGAGGGGUAUAGAGAUGGCUUGCUCGCAGGUCAGGUGAAGACAUCCUUCGCAAAUUCCCCCUAUGUCCAGAAGCAUUGCUCCACUCCUAUUCGAGGGGACGACCACGGUGGCAAUACCUGCCUUCAGAUCGAGCACGCUGCCCAGGGAUAUCAGAACUACCAACGGUAUCUAGCCUACUGGAACGACCUAGCUAACCAGGGCAAUGGCUCCAUCGAUCAGGCGCACCGGCCGCAAGGGUUCGGUUUGAUGAACACAAAUACCUCAAUCACAGCGCAAUGGGUGGACCAUCAACCCGUCAAAAAAGUACCCGAAAAAGAUUUCAUCGUCAAUAACGUUACUCUGGCAAUGCCGCAUUCUGGAGUAUUCAAAGCAGCCCGCGAUGCCCACAAUGGGAUUCUGCAGCCAGAGCAGCUUGGUGGCCAGGGAUAUUAUUCCAUCCGAGCAUCGGUGCCAAACCCCGUCAUAAAUGUCCUUUGCAUGCAGGUCGAUGCAGAGACUCUGGAGCCCAUGAUCUACGAUAUGUGGCCCAAUGCCACAGCAUACAAGAAGAAGACUACAGGCGCUGAGUGGCAGGUCCUGCAAGGCGAGUGGCAUGGGCCUCCGAACAAAACCAAUAUCGAUGACUUCUUCGGCUGGAACCGCCCAUCGGAGUCAGGCGAAGAAGUCAUCGUGCCGCCUAUCUUUCCCAGACUUCCUAAAUCCUUCAACACAAUUCUGAACCACACGGGCCCUUACAUUCGGGACUCUAUUUAUCUCCUAGGCCGCGGCGGCGCGUUGGGAUGGAAGAACCAGACCGAUGUCUUCGUCCUUUGCUCCCUCAAAGUAGCCAUUACCACUAACUGCUCCACGCGCUACAACGCGUCAUCCAGCGGAGGGUCGAUGGAAGCCAUUUGCGGAGAUCCCAACGAUAACAUGCGCUACAACAAACGCCACCCAGACCCGGUGUGGGAUGCCACAGGUGCCUCUACGCCUGUUUCUUUGGAAUGGAAAAAUAUUGCUAGUGAGUGGGGCAACAGCCUGGCUUUGAAUCAUGGCGUCGACGAUGGAGAUGGCAGCAAUGCCCGGCUACUGACGCAGCUUAUUCUGAGCGGGCCUGAGCUCAACGCCGCUCUUCCGAGCGUGGCAGAAGCGCUUGCCGUCAUGGCCGGCUGUACGCUCCUGAUGUCUGCGGAGGACUCGUCUUUCACUUAUGGUCCCUGGAAUUACUCUCUCCCCGAGCUCGAAGACCCCCAGUGGCAGUACUUCGACGCCAGUAUCCGCGCCCAAGAGUAUGCCUCCGGCGGCGCAAAUUCCGCUCAGCGCGGCUGGAUCCUUGUGCUUCUGCUCGUCUUCGCCAUGAACGUGCUCACGCUCAGCUACUUUAUCAUCAACAAAGGUCUCGUGACCGACUUCUCGGAGCCGCCCAACCUCUUCUCGCUCGCCGUCAACUCGCCGCCGAGCGAGUGCAUGACGGGGAGCUGUGGUGGCGGGCCGUAUGGUGCGCAGUACAAAGUCAAGUGGCAGGUCAGCCGCGAGGGGGAUCACCUGUUCAUGGAAAGUAAAGAUGUUGUAGGAGAGAGUGCGGCGGUUGCGGCGCUGAGGGAUGGGAGGUUGGGGGGUGCGUAUGAGAUGGAGAACAGGGGCAGUCCGAUUCAGAGGAUGUACAGCAAGCUGAGUAAGCGGAAGAGCAUCUUGUAG